CCCGGCCGCCAGGGGUCACUAUUCAAAUACGAGUCAGGGAGCCGCCUGCAGCGUCGUGACGCGCUCCGGACUCACUGAAUCAAACACUGUCUGGUCUUUCGACUGAAGCGAUCAGAUCAUCAUAAACAGACUGUAGAAAUGGCGGUGAGCACCGGUACCUCUCUGCUCCUGUCCUCCCUGCUCUCUCUGCUCCUCUUCGCUGGGAUGCAGAUGUACAGCCGUCAGCUGGCCUCCUCUGAGUUGCUGACCAUCCUGGGCGGGUUCCUGGGGUCGGUGCUCUUCAUCUUCUCACUCACUGCCUUCAACAACCUUGAGAACCUGGUGUUUGGAAAGGGCUUCCAGGCCAAGAUCUUCCCAGAGAUCGUGGUGUGCCUCUCCCUGGCUCUGUUUGCCUCUGGUCUGGUUCACCGGGUGUGUGUUACCACAUGUUUCAUUUUCUCUCUCUUUGCUCUCUACUAUGUGAACAAGGUGUCUGCUACUCUGUACCAGGCAAUGCCAGUGCUGACUCCGGCAAAGACAGCGGAAAGAGCAAGAAGAAGAACUGACCAGCUGACCAGCUGACCCCUCCAUCCCUCCAUCCGCCCCUCCGCCCCUCCAUCCCUCCAUCCUCCCCUCCACCCCUCCGUCUGCCCCUCCCUCCCCUUCUUUCAGCCAGUCACAGAAAUUCCAUCCACGGUUCAUUGCUUUACAUGGAAGACGCGUUAGACUUCUGGUCAAAACGUUUGUCGUUGAAUUUCCCUUGAAGACACUGAGAAAGACUGCUAGUCACGUGACACUGAAUUUACACUGAGGAAUCUGAUCGCAACAUUUGUCAUUGAAGUUUCCUUUAGAGUUUUUUAAAUGUAGCGCUGUCCAGUGUUUCGUUAGUAAAUGGUGCUGUAUUUUGGUUUUUGUGAAAAUUGGUGAAAUUAAGAGUGAACGCUCUAUUUAAAAAAAUAUAGAAAUAUUGACUGCAAAAUUCACUUCAAGGGAGACAUGAAUUCUAACACGGAUCAGAUUUAUACAGCUGCCCCGCCCACAAGCUCUGACUCCUCCCAACUGGCUGCCCAACCAAUCACAGCAGACCCAGCCCAUCCCAAUACGCUAACAAGCCAAUCAAAAUAGACCUGAUCCCCCGCCCCCCCCCUCCAAAUCGUCAGCUCAGCCAAUCGCAGCAGCCCUGUACAUUCCAUUGAGGUUCGAUAAGAUUUUGAAUCAAUAAAGCUGUUUUGUCAUAAAAAA